UUAGAUUUGAAUGUAGGAGAUGAUAUUGUUGUAAAAGACAAGCCAUGAACUCCAAACAUGGACCAUAAAAUGGACAUGAAGAAUAAAAAAAAAAUGGAAAAGCUAAAGUAUUAAUUAGUAGAAGCAAAUAAUUGUAAUUGUGGAAAGUGUGCUUAUAAAUAUGCAUUCAUUGUUUGUGCAUAAGCUCAUAACUUGAAAGAAGAAAAGAAAAGAAAAAGAAGAAGAAGAAAAUGGAGGACGGUGAAUGCAUUGCAACAGAAGCACCCAAGGCACCGGUGACUAAGGAAAGAAAGAUCGGAACGGACUUGGAAAAAUAUAUAGCAAAGCCAUAUGUGGCAAGAGCACUGCAAGCUGCAGAUGUGGGAAAUCCAGAUGGGACAAAAGGAUAUCCGGAUAAUGGAAUGACUGUUCUUCAACAACAUGUUGCCUUUUUCGAUCAAAACAACGAUGGAGUUGUUUAUCCUUGGGAGACUUUCAAAGGUAUUCGAGAUCUUGGGUUCGAUCCAUUUUCCUCUUUUGUCAUAACUUUUGUAAUUAAUGCAGCAUUUAGUUAUCGCACUCUCCCGGGGUGGGUGCCAAAUCCGUUACUUCCGAUAUACAUAGAGAGAAUACACAGAGAUAAGCAUGGGAGUGAUUCAGCAACAUAUGAUACUGAAGGAAGGUUUGCAUAUCAGAUUCUUAUAUAUUUCAACCACUGCAAACAUAUCUAUUAAGAUUCUUAUAGGGAAAAUGUUGAAUGCAGGUUCAUGCCAGUGAACCUGGAGAACAUGUUCACCAAGUAUGCACUCACAAAGCCCGACAAUUUAUCACUCAAGGAGUUGUGGCAGAUGACUGAGGGAAAUCGGGCCGCUUUCGACUAUCUUGGAUGGUCUCUUCAAACCACCAUCCUUU